UAGUUAAAAGUCCACUUUUGUCGCGUUUGACGAUGGCGGCUCCAGUGCGCGUGCGUGUCUAGAGCAGGACGUACCACCAUGUCCCACGCACAGGUGGAGAUCCCCGGACGCGGCUUCCCGCAGGGCCUGCAUGGCGCGCGCAGGAACUCGUACGGCCUGCAGAAGAUCAGCAUGGACGUGGGCGUCCUCUCCAAGGCGCUGUCCUGGUCCGCAGAGAACAUCCUCAGCCUGCCAGAGGACGACGGCAAUAAGUGGGAGCCGGCACCCAGGUCCGGCUCGGACUCUGACAACGACCUGGUCCGCGGCAAAGGGGGGUCCUCUCCCGUGGCCCUGGACCCCCGCUGGGAGGAGGAGAAGGAGGACGUGGAGACCAAGGCCGUGGCCACGUCGCCCGACGGGAGAUACCUCAAGUUCAACAUCGAGAUCGGCAGGGGGUCCUUCAAGAACGUCUACAAGGGUCUGGACACAGAGACCACCGUGGAGGUGGCCUGGUGUGAGCUGCAGACCCGCAAGCUGACCAAGGCGGAGCGGCAGCGUUUCAGCGAGGAGGUGGAGAUGCUGAAGGGCCUCCAGCAUCCCAACAUCGUCCGCUUCCACGACUCGUGGAAGUCCUCGCUGAAAGGCCAGAAGUGCAUCCUGCUGGUGACGGAGCUCAUGACGUCCGGCACGCUCAAAACCUACUUGAAGAGGUUCAAGGAGAUGAAGCUGAAGCUGCUGCAGCGAUGGAGUCAUCAGAUCCUCAAGGGGCUUCACUUCCUGCACACGCGCACGCCGCCCAUCAUCCACCGCGACCUCAAGUGCGACAACAUCUUCAUCACCGGGCCCACCGGCUCCGUUAAGAUCGGGGACCUGGGGCUCGCCACGCUGAAAAGUGCCUCCUUCGCUAAAAGUGUCAUCGGGACCCCGGAGUUCAUGGCCCCAGAGAUGUACGAGGAGAAGUACGACGAGGCGGUGGACGUCUACGCCUUUGGUAUGUGCAUCCUGGAGAUGGCCACCUCCGAGUACCCGUACUCCGAGUGCCAGAACGCCGCGCAGAUCUACCGCAAAGUCACCAGCGGCAUCAAACCCGACAGCUUCUACAAGGUGAAGGUGGCGGAACUGAAGGAGAUCAUUGAAGGCUGCAUCCGCAUGAACAAAAGAGAAAGGUACACCAUCCAGGACCUGCUGGAGCACCCCUUCUUCCAGGAGAACACGGGCGUGCACGUGGAGCUGGCCGAGGAGGACGACGGCGCCAAGUCGGGUCUGAAGUUGUGGCUGCGCAUGGACGACAGCAAGAAGCUGCACGGGAAGUACAAGGACAACAACGCCAUCGAGUUCCUCUUCGAGCUCUACAAGGACGUCCCCGAGGAGGUGGCGCAGGAGAUGGUGGUGCUGGGCUUCGUGUGCGAGGCCGACUUCAAGCUGGUGGCCAAGGCCAUACGGGACCGGGUGACGGCCAUCAAGCGGCAGAGGGACAAGCUGCGGCGUGAGGCGGAGGAGCAGAGGAGGAAGCGGGAGGCCAUCGAGGAGGAGGAGCCCGAGCCCCCGCCGGCCACCCCGCCACCGCCCCCGCCGGCGGGCCGCAUGCCGUCCCCCGUCACCAGCUCGGCCGACUCGGGCGUGGGCUCCAGCUGCCUCGCCGAGCCCGAGGAGCCGGAGGCGGACCAACACUUCCACGUCCGCCACCACAGCCUGUCCUCCGCCAACUCUGACUGCGAGACGGAUGGCGAUCUGAGCUCCUCCGGCCUUCAGGACACCCUGGAGGCCACGCCCCCCGCCUCCUACGCCCACUCGCCCACCGCCAACGGCCUCCCCAUCCCGGCCCUCCGCUUCCCUUCGAGUAUUGCCGUGUCCAGCAACAAGUCGGGGUCUCCAAGUGGCUUCAGCUCUCCCGUGGACAGCUACGCCUCCGACGUGACUUCAGGCCUGAGUGACGGCUACGAGGGCGUGUCGGAGAAAAGCGAGAGACCGGCCGCCAAGCGAAGCGUCGCCAAGCUCUUCCGACGACGCGUGCGCUCCCGGCUGCGCAUCACCGGGCUGUCCGACAAGGUGGACCGGGUGGUGGAGUGUCAGCUGCAGACGCACAACGACAAGAUGGUGACCUUCAAGUUCGACCUGGACGGAGACAACCCGGAGGACAUCGCCGCAGUCAUGGUGCACAACGAGUUCAUCCUGCCCUCGGAGAAGGAAGGCUUCGUGUGCCGCAUGGGUGACAUCAUCAGGCGGGCGGAGGCCCUCAUGGCCCAGGAGCAGGCGGUGCACCCCAGUGGGCAGAGACUCCCUCAGCCUGCCUUCCACAGCGGGAACAACAUGUUGUCUUCCUCCCAGCCUAACCUGCCAAGAAGCAACUCUUCCUCCUCGCUGCCAGACAACCCCAGUGUGGCACACCACUCUCCUGCCUUCACCACAGACUCUCCUGCCUUCACCACAGACUCUCCUGCCUUCACCACAGACGUGACUUCAGUCGGGCGACCUCUCGUACGCUCGCAGUCUUUCCACAAUGCUCCAGGGUCUCCUCUUGCGUACCAGCCCCCUCCUGCGCACCUCCUGCCGCACCAGCCGCACUACCACCUACCCUUCAUAGCCAACGCCCACUUCCCCUUCCAGUACCCGGGUUCUCCGGGUUCUCCGGGUUCUCCGGGUUCCCCGAGACUAGCAGGCCUCCACGCCCCCCUGACCCGGGUGGCCAGCAGCCCCACCUUCCCGUCGGCUCCCGACCCGGCCCCGGGCUCGCCGAAGCUCCUCGCCGACCCCCGCGGCGGCAGCGAGAGCCCACCUGUGCCCCGCCACCCCGGCAUGUGGCCCCCGGCCAGCCAGCCCCUCUUUUCCCUGGCCAACGUCAUCUCCAUGGCGAUGAGCAUGGCGCACUCUUUCAUCCCGCCCUCCGGCGUGCCCGCCCAGGGGAUGCCCUCCUCCUAUGCGGGCUUCCAACCGGAGCACUACCCGUACUACCAGACCCCCCCGCAGGAAGUGCCUUACCCCGCAGCCGGUCCACCGGCCCAGAGUGUGGAGAACACGCCCCCGAUGGACGGACUCUCUCCGGGAUGGACCUCCACUCCUCUGCAGACCUCCACCCCCUCCAACCUGCCUGAGGAUGGCCUCGGACCUUUCCCAGACCUGGUUCUGGUCCCAUCCCAAGUGUCCGGUUUAACGUCCUCGUCAGAUCUUUCACCCUCGCCCGCCGACAGCCCGGGAAGCACGCUGUCGCCCAUCAGCAGUCCGAAGCACGGCGCUCCGGCAGAAGUGAGAACGCCACAAGGGUCGCCGCCUGCUGGAGGAGCAGCAGCUGCGGUGACAGUCGGACGCUUCCAAGUCACGCCCAACACCGACUUCCUGGCCUCGGCCUCGCCAGACUCACACGGACACGACGACACCGACGAGCCCAGGUCCCAGACCCGUCCUCAGCCGCACCCCCGCAGAGACCUGCUGCAGGACCUGGACAAGGAGGACGAGGACGAGGACGAGGACGAAGACGAGGACGAGGACGAGGACGAGGAUGACGAUGACGAUGACGAAGACGAGAAGGCGGCGGAGGAGCGUCCGAGAGCCAGGAGGCGUGGCCAGAGGAGGCGAGCGCACAGCCUCAGCCUGAUGGCGGACGGCGGGCCGGAGGGUCGUCUGUGGGACGGAGCGGCGGGGAGUCCUCAGCACAACAGCGCCCUGCACCACCUGUGGAUGAUGAGCUGCAGCACCACCUACCUGAGCAGCGACGACUCCGACAGCGACAUGAUGGACCAGCUGCAGGAGCUGCGAGACAAGCACCAGUCGGAGGUCCAGGCCCUGCAGGCGUGCCAGAAGCGUGAGAUGGAGGACCUGUAUCACAAGAUGGGCAAGGUGCCCCCGCCGGGCAUCGUGGCCCCCGCCGCCAUCUUGUCCAGCCGCCAGCGCCGUCUGUCCAAGGGGGCGGGGCCUGUGCCCUCACGCAGGAACAGCCUGCAGCGCUGCGACGUCAUGCCGCUCCAAGGCAUCAUCAGAAGGAACUCCCUGGGUGAAAGCAGCAGCGGCUCGCAGGAAAAAGCCAGCAAAGGCGUGACGUUCGCCUCAGACAAGAGUCGACUGUAAGAGCGUCUCAGCACACCUGGACUACCUCACCUGAAGACAAGGUCGCUUCAAUCCUUCGCCCGCAGAGCUCGCCGACAUGGCCGGAGACGACAAGGACUACAGAAAAAAAUAUUUGAGGCAGAAUCCAGAAGAGAAAAACUUUUUAACGAGGUUCAAUUCAUUUUCCUCCCAAUCAGUGAGACUGCGUCGAUACGACGAUUGUUGAUAUUCGCUGAUAUCAGCCGUCCUCUGCCUUUGUUUUACGACUGAAGAAGAAGAAUUCUUUAGAAGGUGGAAAUCCACAAAAUAACUUUUAUUCCCCUUCGCUCUGUUUGAAUAAUGAUGAUAUUAAGGAUGAUAAUGACUUUGUGCUCUCUGAUUGGCUGGAAGUGGUCACAUGCUUCUUCCACCCAGAAAAAGGCCGCUGGCUUGUAUAAAAGACGACAGUUUGUGCAAUAUUCUCCAAGACAUGAAGG